AAGUAGAGCUACAAGCUGAAGCAGAAAGCUCGUCCCACUUUUCUACAAUCUGCACCCUCUUCAAUUUGUAAAUAAAGAUCUCGAAACAUAUAUAGCUAUUAAUUAUAUUCAUAGUUAUUUUUUUUUCACUCUGGAAAAGAAUGAAUGUUGCUGUCAUUGGUGCAGGUGUGGUAGGACUCUCAACAGCCUUAAGUAUUCAAGAAGUUUUUCCGUCAUUUAAAAUCUCUAUAUUUGCUGACAAAUUUAAUGAAGAGACUCUCAGCUCAGGAGCUGGGGGAAUAUUUCGACCAGAGAUCAAUGUUCACCCUGACUCAGACCGUGUUAGGAAAUGGUGCUUAGACUCUUUGUCUCAUUUCACAAGUAUUCUGAAUUCUCGUGAAGCAUCUGAUGCUGGAAUGGAACUUGUUUCUGGUUAUCAACUCAGCUCUACUUCUUCACACCCUCAGAAUCAAUUUCUUCAAGAUUUGUUAACUCAGUAUCAAGUGUUGGAUGAGGAAGAAAUAGCUUCAAAAUCAUUUCCUGAAAAAUUCAGAAAAGGUGUCUUCUUUACUACUAUUGUUACUGAUUGUCGCUACUAUUUACCUUGGAUGAAAUCUAAGUUUGAGAAAGCUGGUGGGGAAAUUAAACGGAAAACUCUUACGUCUUUAGAUGAUAUUCCCAGACAUUAUGACAUUGUGGUCAAUUGUAGUGGAUUAGGUGCACAACAUCUAAUAAGUGAUGAUCAACUUGUAGCGGUUAGAGGUCAAACUAUCAGGGUCAAAGCUCCCUGGAUUAAGCACUUUUAUUACGGAGAUGCAGUUUACAUCCUCCCAGGGGUUGACUAUGUUACUCUUGGUGGUAUAAAGGAUUAUGGAAGUUAUGACCUUGAGGUUAAUAAUUAUCAGAGACAAUGGAUUUUGGAUAAAUGUGUGGAAUUAGUUCCGAGUUUAAAGAAUGCAGAAAUAGUGAGAGACUGGGUAGGCCUUCGCCCUCACAGGCCCUCAGUUCGGGUGGAUGCAUGCUUUGUACCGUCUGAUAAAAAUUAUCGCAUGGUUGUGAAUAAUUAUGGCCAUGGUGGUCAUGGUGUAGCUCUUUCUUGGGGUACUGCACAAGAUGUAACACGAAUCAUCAAAAAGUUGCUAUCUACAAAAGAUUUUGUUGCAUCAAAGUUGUGAAUGUCUUUACUCCACCAAUGGGAAUAGCUGCAAUAUAAGGAUAUAUUUAUCUCAUGUCUUCCAUAUAACAGUGCUAUAUAUUCUAUCUGUAUUGUUCAUUAAUUUGUUGUUGUUGAUUCUGUUGUUGAUGUUGUUGUUAAUUUACUGUUAAUUUUAAAUAUAGUAUGAUUCUAUUUUUUUAAUUGUGAAAUUUGCUGAUUUCCGUGAACAUCUAAAAAAUAAAGGUUACUAUUAUUUUUUCAUCUUUCCAAAUUAUUAAAAAUAUAUAUAUUUAUUUCAAGACAUAAUUUUUAGAGAUUUUGUAUUGCAAUAAACCUGAAUUUUUCCAAAUUAUUGGUCACAACCUGAACUUGGGUUACGGGAUCUUCACAGGUUCAUUGAGAAAACAAACAAAAAAAAUUUUUUUUUUUAAAACGUGAAUAUUUUUUAUGUUUAACACUUCGUAAAAAAGGUAAAUAUCACUUAUUAAUUGUUUUAAAUUUUAUUCAAUAAUACGACAUUUUUUUUUCUUAUAAUCAGGAGUGUAACAAAAUUCUGAAGCCUAAAUGAACAUAUUGCUAAUUGCCCCCUUUUUUUAUUAAGUAAAAACUUUUAGUUUAAUCCGCUUGUAAUGCUAACAAAUUGCAGGUUAGUUUUGCUAAUAUGUUAAGUUAAUAAGGAAUAGAGAUAAUAAAAUAGCUAUUGAGAAAGAAAUUUAGACAAUAGCAUAAAUAGCUAUCUAUAUAACCACACUUAUUUCUUUUUAAAAUGUCAUUAUUUUAAAAUAUCAUAUUUCUAAAAGAUCAUUUAUUGGCUUUCUAGAUAGUUGAUACUUGGAUAGUAAAUUCGUAAUUGAUAAAGAAGAAAGCCUAGCUUAGAAAGUUUUUUAUAUUGUUUAUUGAACGAAGAAAGUGUAAAAUUAAAUGUUAAUAUUUUUCCCCCGGGAAAUACAAAUAAAAACUAUAGAAGCUACAAUAAAAAUAAGUAAACUUAAGUAAAAGGGGAAAAAACUUACUAAAUUUUAGAUAAUUGUUGAUCAAAAAAUAUCCCUGAUAAUUUUACAUUCCAACCAUUUAGUGUGAGCUGGUAAAAAAGAAAAAAGAAUAGCUCUAAAACACUAAUUUAAGGUCCUGUAUUUCAUAAAACAAGUACCAAACUAAAUGAGAAUAGGAUAUAACUAGAACAAAAAGUGUGAAUAAAAAAGGCACGUGAAUGUAUUCAAUCAUUUGUACAAGUCUUGAAUAUAUUCAAUUAUUAAAGUC